AUGAACUAUUUAACAACAGAAGAUGAUUCAUCAAUUCCAUCACCACCAUCACCACCAUCACCACCAUUACCACCAUCACCACCACCUUCUACUUCUUCUUCUUCUUAUUUUUCUUAUUUUUCUUUUUCUCUUUUAUCAAAAUUAACAUCAACAAUCUACAACAGCAUCUUCUAUACAACACCACCAACAUCAGAUGUAGCAACACCCUCAACAGUAUCAUCUAUAUCAACACAAUCAACAGCACCACCAACAGUACCAAUAUCAUCAAAAUCAACAAUGCCAUUACCACCACCACCACUAACAAUGCCAUUACCACCAUCACCACCAACAAUGCCAUUACCACCACCACCAUCAUCACCACCAACAGUACCAAUAUCACCACCAACAGUACCAAUAUCACCACCAUCAACAAUGCCAUUACCACCAACAGUAGCACAAUUAGCAACACCCUCAACAGUAUCACCAAUAUCACCACCACCAACAGUACCAAUAUCAUCAAAGGCACCACCAAUAUUACAACCAACAUUAACAUCAAUAGCACAAACUCCAAUUUAUCAAAGUGUAACUACUAAAACAACAAAUACAUCAACAAUAGAUUCAAUAACAAAUAAUAUGAACCAAUUGAAUAUUACUAAAAAUUCACAAAUUAUAAAUAGUGGUGGUGAAUUUGAUAUUUUUAAAACUAUAUUCAGACAUAGUAAUUUAAAAGAUAUCAUAAAUGAAACUGAUUAUGUUUCUAAAUUAUUCCCAAGUUUUGAUAUUAAUUAUAUUAAAGAAAUUUUAAAAAGCAAUCAAACUUCUUUAGGGAAUAAAAUUGAAUAUACUGAAAAUAUAGCAUCAAAAGAAAUAUCUGAUAAAUUUAGAAAUUUAGUUCAAAAAAAAGAUUUAUUAAAUAAUAAUAAUAUCAAUCCUAAUAAUAAUUAUAAUAAUAAUAAUAACAAUGAUAUUUUUCAAAUUUACAAUGAUUUUAUAGCAUUGAAAGUUAUGAUUGAAUUUAGUUUUUUAUAUCAAAGAUUAAUUUUAAAGAAAUUGUUUACAGGUGAUAAAUCAAUCACAGCUGAUGAAAAACAAAAACUUUAUGAUCAAUUGUCAGCUCAAAAUAGAACAAUAACAUUACCAGAGGUUUUCAAAUGUAAUAACCCACCUAGUUUUCAUCAAAUUUCAAAUGAUUUCAAUUUUGUUUUAAAGGGUAAAUAUUAUAGAAUAAAAAAUUUAAAAUUUUCAGAUUCUCAAGAUAUAUCAAUUUCAAUUCAGUCAAACUUUAUCAACCUUUGUAAAUUAUAUAAUAAAUGUUUAGGUAUAGCUUCACCAUUACCAACAAAAGCAUUACCAACACCAUCAACAAAGUCAUCAUCAACACCAUUACCAACGACAACAGCAUCAACAACAACAGCAUCAAAAUCACCAUCAACACCAUUAACAAAACCAACACCAUCAACAACAUCAACAAAAUCAGCAUCAACAGCAUUACCAACACCAUCACCAACACCAUUACCAAAACCAUCAACACCAUUACCAACAACAGCAUUACCAACAACACCAUCAACAGCAUUACCAAAACCAUCACCAACACCAUCACCAACAGCAUUACCAAAACCAUCAACAUCAUCAACAAAAUCACCAACAGUGGAAUCAUCAUCAUCAUCAACAAUAUUCACAAUGGAACCAACAACUACUGAAAUCAUAGUUUUUUCAAUUUUUUAUAAAAUUUUCUACAAAUUAGAAGGUAUUCAAGAUUUGAUUAAAAAACACUCAAUCUUUGAAUUUGAAUUAUUAUCAGUUGAAACAAUUAUAAAAGAAAACCAAACAUCAUUUCAAAGUAUCAUAGAUUCAGUGAAAAUUACAACAUUAAAUCAACUUAAAAAAUCAUUGGAUUCAAAGAUUAACUUUAUAAAAUUUGAAGAAAUUAAAACUACACUAGUUACUAUCGUUUUAUUAAUAGAGUUUAGUAAUCUUUACCAAAGAAUUACUCUUAAAAAACAUUUACCCAAUCCAAAGAGAAUACAUCCAUCGCUUUUCAAUUUAUUAGAAAUUCAACAUCAAAGUUUAAAAAUUGAUUUAGAAAAACUCAUUAGUCAAACUAUAUCAUCUAAUGUUUUAGAUUUCGUUCCAGUACCAUCGAAAUUAGAAUUAAAAUCUGAAAAAGUUUUAUUUAACAUUGAUUUAUUUAAAUUACAAAUUGGUCACAAAAAUAACGAUAGUAAUACCAUUGGACAAUUAAUCGGAUCACAUUUGAUUUAUAUAAAAUCUUUAAUUUUAGAUUAUCAACUUUUAUCAGACUCAACAACUACAACAACAGCAUCACCAACAGAAAUAAAACCAGUACCAGUACCAGUACCACCACCAACAAUCACAACUCCAACGUCAACAUCAACACCAACACCAACAUCAACACCAACACCAACAUCAACUCCAACUCCAACACCAACAUCAACACCAACACCAACACCAAUACCAACACCAACACCAACAACACCAAAAGAGUUAUUAUCAAAUAUACCAACAGUAAUUUUGAAGAAACCAUCAAAUAUUGAAAAACAAAUAUUUUCAUUAUUUAAUACAUUUUUUAAUAAACCAGAGGAAAUUGAUAGUUUAAAGAAUCAAUAUCCAGCAUUUAAUUUACAAAUUGGUUUAAUUAAAUCAGCGACUAAGGAUAUAAUUUCAUUAUUCAAAAGAAAGAUUGAAUUUCAUAAAAACAAUACAUCAAAAGCUGUACAGGAAUUAUUAAUAUCAAGUGUAAAUCCAUCAAAGUUUAAUGAAAUUAAUGAAACAAUUUUUACAAUCAUUUCAUUAAUUGAAUUUAGUAAUCUUUCUCAAAGAAAUUAUAUUAAAGAAUAUUUUGAUAAAAAUUUCACAGUUGAAAACUCACAAGAUAUUUUGAAUUUUAAAUUAGAGGCAUUCAAUUUAUUGAAUAUUCACCACCAAAGAUUUUGUAUUAAAGUUGAAGCAUUUAUUGAUCAAAAAUCAAUAGAUAUUUUAAACUAUAUUCCAGAACAAGUAGAAUUAAAUAUUAAAUCUAAAUCUAAAAAAACUGAAUAUACGAUGAAUGUAGAGUUAUUUAAAUUACCACUUGGUCAUAAAAAUCAAAGUGAUAAUACAAUUGGAACUUUAAUAAAAUCUUUUAUUAUUUAUAUAAAAUCUUUAGUGUUGGAUUAUAAAGAUUUAUCACUUUCAAAUUCACAAAAAAUAUCUAAUACAACAAGUUCAACAACACCCACAGCUUCAGCUACCAUUAGUAUUAUAAAAGAUAAAGCUACAACAACAGCACCAUCACCAACAACAACAUCACAAAUAUCAAUAGUACCAUCACCUAGUUCUAAUAAUAAUACUACUACAACAUUUGAGAAUGACCAUUCAUUGAAACAUAGUUUAUUGAAAUUAAUAUUUGAAGAUUCUAAUAGUGCAGAUUCAAUUAUUAAAACAUUGGAUAGAUUAUCACAAUCACAUCCUUAUAACAAAGAAUCAAUUAAACAAGUUAGGAAUAUAAUCAAUGAGAGUAAAAUUCAAUUUAAUACAAAUAUUAAUGGUAUUAAACAUAGAUUAAAAACAGAUUUUUCAAAGAUUCAAAAAAAUAAUACAAGCAAUCAAAAUAUUGAAAAAAUAUAUAACAAGUCAUUAUCAUUAAUGGUAUUAUUAGAGUUUAAUCAUUUCUCACAGUAUUCAGAAUUAAGAGAAAAAACAAAGACUUGUAGACAAUACCUCAAUCAAUUGAAUUCAGAAUUAGCAAAAAAUAAUAAAAUGAAAUUAGAAUUUUCAGAUAUAGUUAAAGGUAAAUUCUUUGAUAAUCUCGUCAGUAACUUUGAAUCAACAACAAAAAUCAAUGGUUCAACUUUAAAGAUUCCAUCUUUUAAAUUAUUAAAUUCUGAAAAGUUAGGUUUAAUUUCAAAGUUACAAUUUAAUGAAAUUUAUCAAUUAAUUAAAAGUGAAAAGUUGUUUGUCAACUCCUCAACAGGAACAACUACAAUAAGAUCAAGAAAUAACAAUAAUAGUAAUAAUAAUAAUAAUAAUAAUGGAAAAGUUGUUUUAGUUCGUGAUCAUGUUGAAGUAAUUUCAAAAGAUUCUGAAGAGAUAUUAUCAAUAUUUUUAAAGAGUAGUCCAGAAAGAAUUCCAUUAAUUCAAGCUGAUAAUAUUCAUUCAUUACAAGAUAGUUAUUCUGACCAAUCAGAAUUUGUAAAUUUAAUGAAACCUUUAAUAGUAGAAGAAUAUAGAGCACAACUCGAAGGUGAUUUUAAUGAAAUUGAAGGUGUUUCAAUUUCAGAGCAAGAUGGUACAUUAAUAGGUUUAGAUAGAGUUAAGAUGAAUGAUACACCAACAAUUCAUUCAUUCCGAGAGUUGUCAGAGGAUUUGGUUGCAAUUAAAUUUAAUAUUAAGGUUAAGGAUGAAUUAGAGGAAAUAUACCUUAAUGAUAUUUUACUUUUUAAAACAUUUGAUCAUACUAGUAAACCAAUGUUUGCAUUGGGGUUAGUAACAUCAAAUUCAGUUUUAAAGGGUAAAAAACAAAUAAUUAUUUGCGAAUUUGUAUUAUCGGAUUCAACGAAACCAUUAAUUGAAAAGUUUUAUUCAGUUUCGUUGAAUUCGAAAACUUCAAAAGAUAUUUUACAUUUUAUAAAGGUUUCUAAUAGUACUACAUUUAUUAGAGAAUUAGAAGCACCGGAAAUAUUUAAAAAUUCAAAAACACUUUUAAAUCAAAUUUUACAACCAUCAUUGGAAGUUUAUAAUUUAAUGACAUCAAUGAGAAUGGAGAUUCCAUCAUUGUUGAGAUCCAUGUGUAUUCAAGAAUUGAAUACAUCACAAUUUAGUGCAGUUGAAACAUCAUUAUCAACAAAAGGUAUUACAUUAAUUCAAGGUCCACCAGGUACUGGUAAAACUACAACAAUUUAUUAUUUACUUUCAAUUUUAUUAGCAAUUAACCCAAAAUUCAAGAUAUUAGUAUGUGGUCCAUCACAUGCAUCAGUAGAUGAAGUUGCAAAGAGAUGUUUGAAAAAGAGUUUAGUUAAUAUAGAUGGUAAACCUUAUUUACCAAAUAUGGUACGUAUUGGUAAACUUCAAAAUAUAUCACCAGAUUGUCAUCGUAUAUCACUUUUUGAUAAAACACCAGCACAAAGAAAAGCAAUUAUUAGAAAUGCAACUAUUAUUUUCGCAACUCUAUCAGCAAGUGGUUCUAAACCAAUAAGAAGUAACUUUAAAGCAAAUAUUGUAUUAGUAGAUGAAUCAACUCAAUCAUCUGAACCAGCUUCACUAAUUCCAUUAUGUAUUGGUAAUAUUGAAAAGUUAAUUCUUGUUGGUGAUCCAUUACAAUUACCACCAACUAUUUUCUCAUCAGAAAGUGCAAAAAAUGGUUUAAAUAUAUCAUUAUUUGAAAGAUUAUCAAAAGUAUUACCUGUUGAAAUGUUAAAUACACAAUAUCGUAUGCAUCCAACAAUUUCAAGAUUCCCAUCAAAUCAAUUCUAUAAAGACAGAUUAUUAGAUGGUGAUAAUGUAAAGUCAUUAGUAUACAAUCAACAUAAUUUCCAUUCAGAUAUCAAAUAUGGUCCAAUUAGAUUCUAUGAUGUUAUUGAUUCAAAAGAAGAAAGUGGUAAAAGAUCAUUAAAGAAUAAAUUAGAAAUCACAAUGGUAUUUACAUUGAUUAAAAAGUUAGUUCAAGAUUAUCCAGAAUGUAAAAAGUUCUCAUUUGGUAUUAUUACACCAUACAAAUUACAAAAGAGUGAAAUCAAAGAACAACAUAAACAGUUUAACUAUCCAUUAAAUAUUGAAACAUCAACAAUUGAUGGAGUUCAAGGUUCAGAAAAAGAUAUCAUAAUUUUAUCGUGUGUAAGAAGCGAAAGAAUUGGUUUCCUUUCUGAUCGUAGACGUAUUAAUGUCGCACUCACAAGAGCUAAAUUUGGAUUAUUUGUAAUUGGUAAUUCUAAACUCUUAAAAAAAGAUAGAACUUGGGGUCCAUUUUGCCAAUAUGUUCAUUCAAUAAACUCAAUGGUCUCAAUUGAUUCUAAAGGUAUCAGUGUUUUAGAACAACAAAUUCAAGAAUAUGACUCUUUAAAUCCAAAUGGAUUAAUUGAAUUCCAUUCAGAUUCUGAAGAUGACUAUGAUGAUAGUGAAGAUGAAGAGGAAGACGAAGAUGAAGAUAAUGAAGAAAUACAAGAGCAUGAUGAAGAUGAUGAAAGUAAUAGAAUCAAGAAAAUUAAUCAAGAAGGUGAAGAUAAUGAUGAUUUGGAGGAUGAUGAUGAUGAUGAUAAUGAGCAUGGUGAUGAAGAAUAUCAUAGUAUCAGCGAAGAGUAUGAUGAAGAUGAAGAAGUAUUUGAUACAAAUAAUUUAGUCAUUGAUAAAGAUUUUCCAAAUGCUCUCAUUAAUAUUAUUAUAGAAUUACAAAAAUCAAAUCAAGAAAAAAUAGAUCAAUCAACUUUAUCAAAAAAGAAAAAAUUAAGAGAUAAUUUUAUAAAACACUCACGUUUCUUGGAUCCAUAUUUAAAGAAAGUUUUAAAUAAUUUAGAAAUACAAGAAAUUUCACAAUCUUUAUCAUCAUCCUCAUCAAAUAUAAAUAAAUCUCUUAAUGAAAUUAUUUCAAAAAUUGAAUGUAAAAAGAAAUCAAUUAAACAAGAUAGUUAUAAUAGAUUAAAGAAAUUAAUAUCAGAAGGUUUCGCAACAGCAUCAAUUAAUUUAUAUGGUUCAUUCUUGAGUGGAUUAUCAUUGAAUGAUAGUGAUUUAGAUAUUAAUUUCUCAAGUACUCAAAAAGAAGAUACAACUCAUUUAAAACAAGUUUAUAAAUAUUUAAAUAGAUCUCAACUAUAUAAAUUAAUUGAAAAAAGAACGGAUGCAAAAGUACCUAUCAUUAGAUUCAAAGAGAUAUCAUCAGGUGUUCAUUUCGAUAUGUGUUUUAAUUCAAUGAUGAGUUAUCACAAUUCAUUAUUGUUAGGCGAAUAUUGUUCAAUCGAUAAUAGAAGUAGAGAUUUAGUAUUAUUAGUAAAAUGGUGGGCAGUUUCAAAAGAUUUAAAUAAUGCAGCAGAGAAAACAUUUAGUUCAUUCUGUUUAGUUAAUAUGGUAAUCCAUUUCCUUCAAUCAUUAAAUCCACCAAUUUUACCAAAUUUACAAACAACAUCAAAUCAACUCUUAGAAAAGUAUUCAACAAAUAGAAAUUUAAUUAAAUUAAAAUCACAAACAAUCGUAGAAAAUUAUUUAGUUAAAUAUUAUGAUUGGUCAAGUUUUAACAAAUUUGAACCAAAAAGAAACAAAUUGACAAUCGCUCAAUUGUUUUAUCAAUUCUUUUAUUAUUAUUCAACAUUUAAUUAUAAAGAGAAUAUCAUAUCAAUUAGUCACUCAAGUGGUGGUGGUAGUUUAUGUGAAAAUGGAGCAUUAUUAAAAAGAUCAAAUAUAAGGAGUAGAGCUGUAAGAGACCAUAUCAUUGUACUUGAUCCAUUUAUUAAUGAUAGAAAUUUAGCAUCAUCAAUUAAAAAAACAUACCAAAGAGUAUUAAUGGAAUUCAUAAUGAUGGAAUAUUCUUUAAGAUCAACCAAAUCAACAAUUAAUGAUUUAUUCAAAGAGAAUUUAUCAUUAUCGUCAAAUGGAUUACUUUCUUAA